CGACUGCACGAGGCGCGCGCAGCGUCGGCUACUCUCGCGGUGCUCUCGCGCCGUUCCCGCGCCGUCCGCCCGCUCGCGAAUCGCAUUUCCGCUCCAGCGCGCCCCCGCCGACUGCGCUUCAGUGACGGCGCGAUGGCCGAGGGAGGCGGACCCGAGUCGGGUAGUGGGGCAGAGCCCGAUCCGGAGCCGGUGCCUGUUCAGAUACCUAUUCCUUCAACUGAGAGCCAGAAGCAGACUAUCGGGACGCUGCUGAAGACGCCGCUGCGGAAGGGGGACGAAUGGUUCUUGAUUGACAGUCGGUGGUUUAAACAGUGGAAGAAGUAUGUUGGCUUUGACAGCUGGGACAUGUACAACGUUGGAGAGCACAAUCUCUAUCCUGGACCUAUUGACAACUCAGGGCUUUUUUCAGACCAAGAAACCCAAACGCUGAAGGAACAUCUUAUUGAUGAGUUAGACUAUGUCCUGAUGCCUACAGAAGCCUGGCAGAAGCUUGUCAGCUGGUAUGGCUGCCUCGAGGGUCAGCGCCCCAUUGUCCGAAAGGUGGUGGAACAUGGUAUGUUUGUCAAACACUGUAAAGUGGAGGUCUAUCUGCUGGAGCUCAACUUGUGUGAGAACAAUAACAUGGACAAAGUGGUUACACGGCAUUUCAGCAAGGCUGACACCAUAGAUACCAUCGAGAAGGAGAUGAGGUCACUAUUUGACAUCCCCUCAGAGAAGGAGACACGGCUAUGGAACAAAUACAUGAGCAACACGUAUGAACAGCUGAACAAGCCUGAUAGCACGGUGCAGGAUGCUGGUCUGUUCCAGGGUCAGGUUCUGGUGAUUGAGAAGAAAAACGAGGAUGGGACAUGGCCCAGGCAAUCUCCACAUACAAAGUCCAGUACAGCCACAUCUCGUAACUUCACUACCUCCCCAAAACUUUCUUCUUACUCAUCGGCUAUCGUCUCUUCCACCGUCACCAAUGGGGAUAGCAACAGCAACUCCGGGUAUACAUUGAACAACAGCUCCUCUGGUAACAGGCUGGGAGGUUAUAGCUCAUACAGCUCCAUCUACAGCUAUAGAGAGGCCCAGUCUCAGCCUGGCUUAUGUGGUCUUAGUAACCUGGGCAACACCUGCUUCAUGAACUCUGCCCUCCAGUGCCUGAGCAACACACCCCCACUGACUCAGUACUUCCUGGAUGACCUGUAUGAGGCAGAAAUCAAUCGGGACAAUCCACUGGGAAUGCGGGGAGAGAUUGCGGAGGCCUACGCAGACCUCAUAAAGCAGAUGUGGCUCAGCCGCAGCAGCUAUGUGGCUCCACGGUCAUUCAAGACCCAGGUAGGUCGCUUUGCCCCCCAAUUCUCCGGGUACCAACAGCAGGACUCCCAAGAGCUGCUUGCCUUUCUUCUGGAUGGGCUCCACGAGGACUUGAAUCGGGUUAAGAAGAAGCCUUACUUGGCCCUGAGGGACGCAGAGGGCCGACCGGAUGAGAUUGUAGCAAAGGAAGCUUGGACGAACCACCGUCUGCGUAAUGACUCCAUAAUCGUGGACAUCUUCCAUGGCCUCUUCAAAUCCACUCUUGUCUGCCCUGAGUGCUCCAAGGUGUCUGUGACCUUUGACCCCUUCUGCUACCUCACUCUGCCUCUCCCCAUGAAGAAGGACCGCACUAUGGAGGUGUUCUUGGUUCGCAUGGACCCCCAGACUAGGCCCAUGCAGUACAGGGUGGUGGUCCCCAAGAUGGGCAGUGUGGGAGACCUGUGCAACGCCUUGUCUAAACACUCUGGAAUUCCUGCUGAAAGUAUGGUAGUAGCAGAUGUUUACAACCACCGCUUCCAUAAAAUCUACCGAUGGGAUGACGGACUUAACCAUAUAAUGGAGAAGGACGACAUCUUUGUUUACGAGGUGGGUGAAGAGAACGGGGAGUGGAUUAAUCUCCCUGUGUACUUCCGAGAGCGGCACGCGAAGCAUUCAGCCAGCUCCUCCAGCACCAUGCUGUUCGGCCAGCCGCUUCUCAUCACCGUUCCUCGCCAGAACCUCGCGGUGGACUUGCUGUAUGAGAAGGUGCUCGAGAGGAUUGGACGCUAUGUGAGGCAGCCUCAUGGCUGUGUAUCUGAGCGCAGGGCUUCUGCCUCAGCCUCCACCUCCUCCUCAAGCAGCAGCUGCAGCAGCAGUCAAGCCUCUGCAGCUCCCAGUCACAGUGCUGAGCCAGGUGAUCCGUGCAGUCCUCUGUCGGAGGGGGCGUCCUGCAGUGCUAGUGCUGUGGGUAUCUACAACCUCCAGCAGGGGCAGCCACUGGCAGCUUGCAACGGUCCCAGUAGAGUGUGCGAAGGUGAAGAGGAGGCCAUGGACCAUCAGGUGAGCCCCGAGCCGGACAACAGCCAGUCAGACGCAUCCGCUGAGGAGGAGGAUGGCGAGGACCUAGAGGACUGUCCCACAGGCAGCAUGGCCAAAAAGAGCUGCUCUCGGCCCAGGCUGUUCUCCUUCAGCAUGGUGAACUCGUACGGAACAGCAAAUAUCAGCCCUCUGCCCUGUGAUGGGAACAUCCUCAAACUGAACACACAUUCCACAAUAGCCAUUGACUGGGACUCCGAAAUGAAGAAGCAAUGCUAUGAUGAUCAGGAAGCAGAGGCCUACGAGAAGCAUGAGAGCAUGCUGCAACCGCAGAAGAAGAAGACCACGGUGGCUCUCAGGGAGUGCAUUGAGCUCUUCACCACCAUGGAGACGCUGGGAGAACAUGAUCCCUGGUACUGCCCCACGUGCAGGAAGCAUCAGCAAGCCACUAAGAAGUUUGAUCUGUGGUGCCUACCACGCAUCCUGGUGGUCCAUCUAAAGCGCUUUUCAUACAACCGCUGCUGGAGGGACAAGCUGGACACAGUAGUGGACUUCCCCAUCAGGGACUUGAACAUGUCUGAGUUUGUCUGUGACCCCAAAGCAGGACCCUACAUUUAUGACCUCAUCGCUGUAUCUAACCACUAUGGUGGAAUGGGUGGAGGGCACUAUACAGCAUACUGCAAGAACAAAAUCGAUGGGAAGUGGUAUUACUUUGAUGACAGCAGUGUUUCAUCUGCUACUGAAGAUCAGAUUGUGACAAAAGCUGCCUACGUGCUCUUUUACCAACGCAGAGAUGAGGAGUCCCCCACUAAGCCAGCCCCCUCCGCCUCCCUGAGCGGGGCACCCGAGGCAGGAGACGAUCACAUGGACACCAACUGAGAGGCCAGGAUUUUCUGGGACAAAUGCUAAAAUGAGACGCAUUAACGCACACAUGCAGAGCUACUCCAGUGAUUUAAGACUUGUACUGAAUCGAUAUUAUUAUAGCCCUCUGUUGCUUUCCGGUUUUUUAUUUUUUUCCAUGUGCAUCGUCACCAUGAGCUGAAUUGUUUUGAUGCGUCAUCUGAGAGACUCCCUGUUGCGGAGACCGUGACCUGCUGACCUGUGAACCUAGUUUACUGCAGUAGCUCAAGAAAGAAGCAUGUACAGCGAUUGUUAACCUCUCACUGGACGACCGGAAUGUUAAAGUGGAAUAAUCAAUACAUAAGUAAGGGUAGCCUUGUCAGUGGCGCCCUGGAAAUGUCACAAGAAAAUAUUGAUUAUAAUAUGAAGCCAAAUGCACAUGUUUGUUUUUACCAAAGCGCUCCAAGGUGUACACAGUUUUCCAACAGUAUGGGUGGUAGGCUUGGUGGGAGGGUGGGGAGGGGGGUAUCAUUCACUUGUCAUGUCUUUUCUGCUUCUACAUGUAAUUGAGUUGGAGAGGCUAUCUUAGAGAUUAAAAUAUUUGCAGAAUCCCAUUCAGCUCUCUUGGGUGUGCAAACACACACACACACACACACACACACACACACACAGACACACACACAUACCCUUAGACACAGUACAGCAUUGCGCUAUCUUGACUUGUGCCUUUAGCAACAAAGAAGAAGCUCCCAGGCAGAUGGCAGGCCUGUUAAACUGAAGCGAAAUCACCCCUCCCUUCCACCCCAACUCCCCACAGAUGCUGUUUGUGAUUAACUGGUCCUGCCUUGAUGGGACAGACCUCAGAGGGAUGGUUUGAAGCAGUCUGCGCUCAACACGCUGCUCCUUUUUCAGCCGUUGGUAGUGCCAUGUCGGUCGGUUUCUUGUGUAGCACUGCUCUGUGGCCCCUGUGAGACAGGGAAUAUGAUGGAAAAACAAGGGGAUAACACCAGAACAUCAGCAGACUCUUAGCAAUGUGGCAUACUGAAAACAUGCAUCAUUUCAAGCAAUUUCACUUUAGGAUUGAGGGCCAGUCAGGCUCUUUUUGAGAGGCAGUAGAUAGAGAAUAUUUAAACAUUUAUAGAUUUUAUCUUUUUUUUAAGGGUUAAGGUAGAUUUUUCCUACUUUAGUUCCUAUUGCCGCUAAGUUUUAAUCUGUGCUCUUCAGUGAUGCAUCACAAGUGGGGUUUUUUUUUUUUUUUUUUCCCCAGGGGGGUGGAUGCCACAGUGUCUGUUUGUGGAAAUGGUGCUAAAUUGCUGACACUUGAAGUUCUGCUGUUAUGCAGGAGACUAGAACUCACCUUACUCUAACAAAAGCGAAUUGACACCCAUGAGCAAGGAGAUGCAAGUCUUAGUUAGUGUUUCAGCAUUCUGAGUGAUGAUCUCUGUGCCAACUAGUUGGCUGAAAAAGGACAGAAAUAAACCUUUCUUUUUCAAGAUUAAACUGCGAAAAACUUCCUACAGCUGAAUAUGGACUGGAAAUACAAUUCAGCAUGUUUGUAUUCCAUAGGAGUGUUCUUCUGUUUUCUGUGCAUUGUAGAAACAAAAAAAAAAAAUAGUGACUUGUGUGCAGUGCUGGCUAUACUCAGUGGUGAGUUCUUUUUAAAACAUAUUUGGAAAUAAUUAAGCUCCUAGGUGAUUUUGGUUUCAUCUUUUGCUGAACAUGUAUUCCACAGAAAAUUGUGGCCGAAGCUUUGGAACGCAUAAAUAAGGGAAAGGCACAACAGCCACACCUGGCCUCUGCGGAUGUCUUUUCUAGAAAGAAGAGUUGUCAUUUAUUACAUUUUAUCAUGUUUUAUUAUCUUAUGUCGUAAUGCUCUUCCUUUUGCAUGGAAAUCUUCCUAGAGAAAGUGAAUAAUUCUCACUGAAGAGAAAGGGCACGGCAUUGGGAUACUGUAUAUCUCGGUGAAAUGGAUUGGUGCCUACUGUUUAGGUUUGUCAUGUAUCAAUAUUUGUAAUCCCUCAACAUUUUAUAUUUUCAUUUUUCCAUCAGACAGUAAAAAAUACCAUACUUCUAACAGUGCUGUUUUUAUUUGCAUACAUAUCAAAGUUUCUAAUAAUUAAAAAUGUCAUUUUCAUCUGGCUGCAUUGAUUCGUGGCAUGGAGGAGGGAAUUUUUUUCUCCCUGCUUAACUGGAAAAUUGGUAAAUGUUUGUUUAAAAUAUAUACAAACUGGUGGAAAAGUAAAAGUCUAAUCUGUCUUUCCAUGGAAUGCAACUACAGUAAACAUUUAAUUAGCAGUAAUCGGCUCAUUCUUUACAAGAAUACAUCAGAUUGGUUAUCCAGUACUCUUAACAUGGUCUGUGGUUACGCAAUGCUUCGCACAGUAUACUGGCCAAAAGUCCUUCAGGUCAUCCUUCAUAAAUAUCAAAAAUGAAGCAUUUUUUGUAAGGCUGCUCAAGAGUGGUCACCGGCAGCCACAGCCUAAGCUGGUUUUUACUUGUUCUUAAUUAUGUUUAAGUAGUUAACACUAUAGUGUCCCUCCUCACCUGGCAUUUAAGGUGUCCAGCGGGCACUGUUUAAGCAGUGCUGUCGAACUUGAGUCGCGUCCGAGCGCAGAGGAGUGGACUCGAGCCCCUUUACACUGUAAUUAAAGGAUCACGGUGAACGGCUGCAGUGAGACCGAUAGCGGCGCUUGCCAUUCCUCGUCCCCAUGCUCAGCACCGUUCUGUUCUACGUUUUAUUGGGAAAAUGCUGCCACUUAAUUAAGCAAAUAGUUUUUUCUUUUUCCUUCAAAUGUCUAAAUGAUAAAAUACAAGAACUCCGGGUGCUUCAAAUCCCUUAUCAAUGCAAGAGUAGUGUCGUUAUGUAUGCAUAUAAAAUAAUCUGGCUCUUAUUUUUUAAUCAUAGUUUAAAGGAUGAAGCUUGGUGACUGUUGGGCUAUUUCCAUAAUGUGCUUCUCCCAGUUUUGGAUUAAUUUCAGUAGCAGACAUUUUUGUUACUUUGUAUUUAAGCUUAAACAGAAACACUUGAAAUAUUUGGAUGUAUAAAUGUGUGCACUUGUAACUGAAAAGUUUUUUUUUUAGGUUGGGUCAUCAUUCCAUACCUGGGCUCCCGUUAAAGUGUGAUGGUUUCUUCUCCCAGACGCACGAAGAAAUGUGUGAGAGCUGAUUUUGAGAUGUACAUGCAUUUAGGGUAAUUCCAGCUUGUUUAAAUUAUGGCUUAUUAUAAUAUACAUCCUGUAAGUACUAUGCGUAAGGAACAUUUUUCUCUUAAGCGCUUGAGUAUAUUUGGUAAAUAAACUGAAAAUAUCACAAUGUCUCAAUGUAUAAUUUUUUAAAUAAACCAGUUUACUGUGCCUAGGAGCUCGGAAUUGUGUAUGAGGAAAAUUAUAACUAUCGUUGACCAUUAUACGCUUACGUGCCACUGCUUUUUUUUUUUUAAAUUUAUUUAUUUAUAUAAACUGACACCUUGAACAAGGUUUUGCAGCUAUGGUCCUGGAAAGAGAGGUUAGAUGAUGUGCUUUUUGCUCAGGCUCAGCUGUACUGAGAUUAGAGGUUAUACCCUGUGCCAUAUAGCCUGCAAUUUAUGGGCUAAUUCUGACAGUAACUGAAGUGUCUUCUCUGAAAGCAGCAGAGCUGUGCUUUCUCUCAACAACUUUCUUAACUUGCUGAAUCACUUAAACAGUUUAUGGAUUUAAUCUUUGAUACAGCAAAAUGUUUACUCGAGACAUUCAGAUUGAAGUACUUGGGUAAGGUAAACCUAGCAGGCCCCGCAUCUCAUCUUGGUUUCUGAGGUCCUGCUGUAAUGAAUGCAGCCCGGCAGCUCUUUGUCUUCUAGAAUAUCUAUCACUCCAAGUACCAAAUAUAUAAAAAAUUAUGGUUUUAACGUGUGAUUUGUUUUGUAAUUCCUUUAAAAUACACAUGCUUUUGUCUUGUUCUCCUCCUUCCCCGUUCACAAACUUCCUCAUACCAUUUUGAAACGAUCCUGCUCUUUCCCAGCCAGGAAAUGGUGCAACUCAACUGCUUGUCACACACUUAUUA